AUGUUCGGGCAACGCCGCCGAGACUCUACCAAGAGCUUUUCCAAAAGCUACAAAGUAAACAAGUCCAGCUCCUCCUUUAGCAAGGAGAGCGGUGUCUCCAAGCGAAAGCAUGAGUCUCGUCGUAGGCCUGGAACCGCUUCCACCACCACGACUCAAGAGCCUGAAACUCCCACGACCAACCAUCUCUCAUCUCCCGUCGUAACCCUCGUUGUCGGCUCCGAACAGAGACUCUUCGCCGCCCACGAGGAGGUCCUUUGCCUUUCGCCGUUCUUCCAAGCUGCCCUUCACCGACAAUAUGCCGACGGAAAUAAUAAGAGGAUCGCCCUCCCUGAUGAGGAGCCCGAGAUCUUUUCCUCCGUGCUUGAGUUUCUGUACAAGGGAGAUUAUUACCCACGCCUCAUCCAUAGCAAGAGGCGAAACUCGUGGGAGCUGGAACCUCCUAGCGAAGAUCACCAAGGCGUAGAAGCCACCAUGUUUCACCACAGCGUCGACGGCGAUCUGCUCAAGGAUACCGUCAUCUAUUGCUCUGCGGAGAAGUAUGGGCUGGAGGAACUGAAACGCAUUGCUCUUAGGAAGCAAGGUCUUCAGUCUGGCAUCCAGUGCAGCACCAUACUCACAUCGGCUCGGUACGCGUACGCCAACACUCCCGAUAAUGACUCCAAACUCCGUGCACACUACCUCGCUCUCAUCAUUCGAAGCCGAAGCACGUUCAAGCGAAGCGGGACGAUGCAACUUGAAAUGUGGAACGGUGGAACCCCGCUCUUCUUCGACCUUUUCGUGGCCCUGUGCAACCACGUCGACGAUAUCUCAGCAGCGGCUACACCUCGCGGCAGCCGGCAUAUUUGA